CGUACACAAAAAUGGAUAUCGGAUGAGUAUAAUGGCUUUAAAAACAACCCCUUUACUUUUGUGUUGCUGGUCCAGUAGAUACAAUAAUACGAUCACAUGCAAGCAUUAACAAUUUCUUUGACAAGAAAUGCAACUUGUUCCAAAUCAUAAACACAGCUUUCUUAUCAGACUUCUCAUUAUGCAUCUAGCAGCAGGUUCAAACAAAAAGCAUUUAGAAUAGGUGCUCAAAGCUGAAUGAUUAUAGAGUGGCAAUUGCUUAAAGAACAGGGUAACCCUAAAUGUACUCAAUUUUAGGCUAAAUGAGAAGUGUUAAUAUAGUAUAUGAUUUCUAUCCCACAUCGGUUAUGUAACAUAGCCUAGCUUAGUUACUUGUAUAUAUAUGUGGCCUAUGUUUACUAAUGAAAAAUACACUACUACUUUCUCCAUUAUGUCUCUAUAUUUUACUGUUCUACAUGGUAUCAAAGCGGGUUCGAAUUCGUAGCUAGUUUUGUAAAAAAAAAAAAAAAAAAAACGAAAAUUAGGGUUUCGAAAAUUAGGGUUUUUUUUCUGCCUCCGCUGCUCCGGCUCCUGGCUCCUGCUCCGCUGCUCUGCAACUGUUAUCUGCCUGCAACCUUAUCUGGCUACUGUUCUACUCCUACUCCGUUGCUCUGCGCUAUCAUCUGCCUGCGCUGCUGUCCGCUACUUCUUUUUUAUUGACUUGCACUCUUGCCUACUGCUCUGCAUCGGAUUUACUCUCGUUUUAUCAUGUCUGAUUUUAGACCUCCAAUUGGAACCACCAUUAAGCUGAAUGGUUCCAACUAUAUGCUCUGGUCUCGUGCUUUUCUCCUAUUUUUGGGAUCACAGAAGAAGAAAAGCCAUGUUCAAACUGCCCCGCCUGCUACUACAGAUGCCAACUACGACACUUGGUGCGCCGAUGACUGCUCCGUCAUGACUUGGCUUCUCAAUAGCCUAGAAUCAGCCAUCAGUCAAAAUAUCAUGUGCUUGGAUAGUGCCAAAGCCAUGUGGGAUGCUCUACGGGAGAUGUUCUUCAAUGACAAAAACGUUUCUCGGGUAUUUGAAUUAUAUGAGAAACUUUUCUCUCAUACUCAGGAUACUCAGUCAGUCAAUGAUUACUUCUCUACCUUGAAAGGCCUUGCUGAUGAGAUCUUAGUUUAUCAUCCUCUUUCCUGUGAUGCCACAACAAGAGCAAAACAAUGGGAGGAAUUCAUGGUAGCAAAAUUUUUGUCAGGUCUUAAUGCUGAUCUCCAGCCACUUCGAGAUAGCUUAAUGGCUAGUGAUGACAUUCCAACGUUGUCUAAUGCGUUGUCUCGCGUUCUUCGUGUCUCCACCGGGCGUACGGAAUCCACCUCGUUUGAUAAUUCAGCUAUGUCUGCUCGCGGUCGAGGUUCGUAUGGUGGACGUGGCCGUGGACAGGGACGUGGCCGAGGUCGAGGACGAGGGUUUCAUGAUCGACUAUGUGAUCAUUGUGGUCGUUCGAAUCAUGAGUCUGAUAAGUGUUGGAAGAAGUUUGGCAAACCAGAUUGGGCUAAUAACAUUGAGUUUGCUGCGCCAAGUUCUUCAUCUACUACUACUGAUACCUCUACCUCUGUAGCUGCGUUUGCUGUGUCUCCUGGACCUGCAGACGAAGAGGACGAUUGGUGGAGGACAUGAGCGUGGCGGUCUGUACUACUUGGAUAAUGUUUCACCUGUCUCUCCUAGUGCUCUCUCUGCUGCUGUGUCUCCAUAUCAGUGGCAUUGUCGUCUUGGUCAUCCGUCUUCUGCUAGUCUUCGUAGUUUAGUUCCAGUUGCAUCUGUUGAUUUUAAUUGUGAAUCACGUGAGUUGGGCAAACACCAUCGCACUUCCUUUCCUUCUCGAGUCGAGACUCGUAGCUCUUCUAUUUUUGAUUUAGUUCAUUGUGAUGUUUGGGGUCCGAGUAGAAUUGAGUCCAGAGGGGGUUUCAAGUAUUUUCUAAUUCUUGUUGAUGAUUAUUCCCGUAUGUCAUGGUUGUAUUUGCUUAAACACAGAAGUGAAGUCCCUACUGUUCUAAAAUCUUUUUAUCAUGAAAUAAAGACCCAAUAUUCUGUUGA